CUUGCCUAAACGUAUCCUCAAGGCAAGUACUCUUGUCACUAUAGCCAGAAGACUUGGCUGAUCUCUGAACACCCAUCUUCCCCAUAUACUCUGGGUCAUUCAACCCAUGACUAUAUCCCAAAACGCCCGCCUCACCGUUACCGCAUCUACAUUGUCACUAUCAUUACAACGAUGCUCUGGACGUCAACAGGAGACCGAACGCCUGAUGGCCGACUCUCCCCCCGGUAUCUCGGCUGCUCCCAAAGACGACAACUUGAGACAUUUUGACGUUACUGUGGCGGGGCCCGAGAGCAGUCCUUAUGAGGGCGGUAUCUUCAAGCUCGAGCUCUUCUUGCCGGAAGAGUACCCCAUGAACCCUCCCAAGGUCCGAUUCCUGACCAAGAUCUACCACCCUAACAUCGACAAGCUUGGCCGAAUCUGUCUCGAUAUCCUGAAAGACAAGUGGUCCCCCGCCCUUCAAAUCCGAACUGUCCUCCUCUCUAUCCAAGCCCUCCUCGGUGCCCCCAACCCAGACGACCCCCUCGCCAAUGACGUUGCCCAAGCAUGGAAGGAGAACCAGAGCGCUGCUAUCGCUCAGGCGAAGGAGUGGACCAACAAGUUUGCUCAGUAGACUAUGACUGCGAUGCGAUACCCUAUCGUUACAGGAGACAUCCAGGGGAGGGAUCGGAGAAUCGGGGUAGUGAUUCAGUACUCGAGUACGAUAUGACUUGAAUGUAUGUCUUUGAAUGUAUCCUCCA